AUGAACGCCAGCGGUCCGGGCUACCCGCUCGCCUCGCUCUAUGUGGGCGACCUGCACCCCGACGUGACCGAGGCCAUGCUGUAUGAGAAGUUCUCGCCCGCCGGCCCCAUCCUGUCCAUCCGCGUGUGCCGCGACGUGGCCACCCGCCGCUCGCUGGGCUACGCCUACAUCAACUUUCAGCAGCCUGCCGACGCGGAGCGGGCACUGGACACCAUGAACUUCGAAGUGAUCAGAGGACAGCCCAUCCGCAUCAUGUGGUCCCAGCGGGACCCAGGACUCCGCAAGUCGGGUGUGGGCAACAUCUUCAUCAAGAACCUGGAGGACUCCAUAGACAACAAGGCCUUAUAUGACACCUUCUCCACCUUUGGGAACAUCCUCUCUUGCAAGGUGGUGUGUGACAAUCACGGUUCCCGAGGCUUCGGCUUCGUCCACUUUGAAACCCAUGAGGCCGCUCAGCAGGCCAUCGUCACCAUGAACGGGAUGCUGCUGAAUGACCGCAAAGUCUUUGUUGGCCACUUCAAGUCUCGACGGGAGAGGGAAGCAGAGCUGGGAGCUCGGGCCAUGGAGUUCACCAACAUUUAUGUGAAGAACCUCCACGUGGACGUGGACGAGCAGGGCCUACAGGACCUCUUCUCCCAGUUUGGGAAGAUGCUGAGUGUGAAGGUGAUGAGGGAUGACAGCGGCCACUCCCGGGGCUUCGGCUUUGUCAACUUUGAGAAGCAUGAGGAAGCCCAGAAGGCCGUGACGGACAUGAAUGGGAAGGAGGUGAGAGGGCGGCUACUGUACGUGGGCCGGGCCCAGAAGCGGGUGGAAAGGCAGAAUGAGCUGAAGCGUAGGUUCGAGCAGAUGAAGCAGGACCGGCUGACCCGUUACCAGGGUGUGAACCUGUAUGUUAAGAACCUGGAUGACUCCAUCGAUGAUGAGAAGCUGAGAAGAGAGUUCUCUCCCUAUGGAGUGAUUACCAGUGCCAAGGUGAUGACAGAGGGUGGCCACAGCAAGGGGUUUGGCUUUGUGUGUUUUUCCUCUCCAGAAGAGGCGACAAAGGCCGUGACAGAGAUGAACGGGCGCAUCGUGGGCACCAAGCCGCUGUAUGUGGCCCUGGCCCAGCGCAAAGAGGAACGGAAGGCCAUCUUGACCAACCAGUACAUGCAGCGCCUGUCUACUGUGCGGGCCCUGGGUGGCCCCCUCUUGGGCUCCUUCCAGCAGCCCGCCAGCUACUUCCUGCCCGCUGUGCCCCAGCCUCCUGCCCAGACUGCGUACUAUGCGUCCAGCUCUCCCAUGCAGCCUGCCCCCAGGUGGACGGCCCAGCCUCCGAGACCCUCGUCCACCUACCCUCCAGCUGCCUCAAUGAUCCGACCACCAGCCAUGUUGCGGCGCCCCCCGGCGCAGGUCAGCGGUGUCAGGCAGGCCUCCACCCAGGUGCCACCCACGGUGCCCCACACCCAGAGAGUGGCCAAUAUUGGUACCCAGACCACAGGAGCCAGCGGGGCGGGAUAUCCUGCACCAAGUGGGCCUCUGCUGACACACAAAUAUUCCUCAGCAACAUACAACCACGGGGUCCAGGAGCCUGCUGUGCGCAUCCCGGGACAGGAGCCCCUGACGGCGUCCAUGCUGGCCGCAGCGCCACUGCACGAACAAAAGCAGAUGAUCGGUGAGCGUCUGUACCCCCUUAUCUACGAUGCCCACACCCAGCUGGCUGGCAAGAUCACGGGCAUGCUGCUGGAGAUCGACAACUCGGAGUUGCUGCUCAUGCUGGAGUCCCCCGAGUCCCUCAAUGCCAAGGUGGAAGAGGCUUUGGCGGUGCUGCAGGCACACCAGGCCGCCGAGCUGACAAAAGUGAAUGUGCUGUGAAACCAGGUGGGUGGCUGGGGGUGGGAGAGACGGAGAUGGAAGCAGC